GGCCCACACCACCGGGCCGCGGCGGAGACCUGGGCGCCGGCUUCCGGGCGACAGGUGGCGGCGGAGUGCCGCGCGGGUGCCGGGUCGGACGGAGCCGGGAACCGCUCCCUCCUGCCUCUGCGCGCCGCGCGUUCUCGCUGCAGCGUUAUCGACCAAACCCUCAGUACUCCCUUGGCUGUGACCCGAGCCCCAGCAGACAUGAGUUCGGAUCCCACCCUCAGCAAUUAUGCACUCGCGGUUAACACAUCCACUGCCACGCAGGGUGGCCACUGCCGUGGGUGCGGAUGCGCCUAACAUGAUGAAGAGCCGAAUCCCUGUGGUGCUCCUGGCCUGUGGCAGCUUCAACCCCAUCACCAACAUGCACCUGCGCUUGUUUGAGGUGGCCAGAGACCACCUCCACCAAACAGGAAGGUACCAGGUGGUCCAGGGCAUCAUCUCUCCUGUCAAUGACCGCUAUGGGAAGAAAGAUCUCGCACCUUCCCAUCACCGAGUGGCCAUGGCCCGGCUGGCCCUGCAGACUUCCGACUGGAUCCGGGUGGACCCCUGGGAGAGUGAGCAGGCGCAGUGGAUGGAGACGGUGCAGGUGCUGAGGCAUCAUCACAGCGAACUGCUCAGAUCUCCGCUCCGGAUGGAAGGGCCAGACCACGGCCAUGCAGCUGUGCCUGAGCUGAAGCUCCUCUGCGGGGCAGACAUCUUGAAUACCUUCCGGACCCCCAACCUCUGGAAGGAGGCACACAUCCAGGAAAUAGUGGAGAAGUUUGGCUUGGUGUGCGUGGGCCGAGCGGGUCACGACCCCAAGGGAUACAUCUUGGAAUCGCCCAUCCUGCGGAGGUACCAGCACAACGUUCACCUAGCCAGGGAGCCUGUGCAGAAUGAGAUCAGCGCCACAUACAUCAGGCGAGCCCUGGGCCAAGGGCAGAGCGUCAAGUACCUGCUCCCUGACGCUGUCAUCGCCUACAUCAAGGACCACAACCUCUACACCAAGAACAGUUCCUGGGAAGGCAAAAGCACCCAGAGCAAUGAAGGAAAAACAAGCUAGGGAGAGACUGAGCGGGCAGGCCAGCCACUCCUCCUCCACCAGUCUCCUGCCGGGGAGAAGGCAGUUCAGAUUUUUGUUUUGCUUUGAUUUUUGCUUUUCCAUUUUUCAUUUGUUUAUUUCUACAACGAUUUUACUUCGAGUAGUCUUCUGUCUCAGAAAGAGAUACCUUAUUUUGGAGACAGGGAAUGUGUGCAUCACAAAGAUGGACAUUUAUCAAAGAUGUUAAAAUGGUGUGGCAGGUCAUUAAGACUAGGCAAAAUCUUUCAGAACUGCUGAAUGGGGAGGCCUUCUUAUUUUGUGUAAAUGGUAAUUAUGGUGUGCACACUGAAUGCAGUUCUGAGCGUGGCCGGGGCCCCUGAAGGUCAGAUCAGAAUUGCCCACAAUGCAUUUUUUUUAACUAGGACCAGAUGCAGUGAGCUGGUCUUGAUUGGAGAGAUUUGACAGGAUGCUAAUUACUGAACAGUAGGCUUUGUCAAUGCUCUUGUUUCUAACUGAGGAGCCAAAAAUUUGGAAACAGCACAUUGCUGAUUUAUAUUGAAUUUUCCCUUACAAACCAUCAUCUGACAGCCUACUGGCCUUUCAAAAAACUUAAACUAAACUUUUUCUAAGGAGUGACCCUCAAGCAAUAUUUUUGAUGUAACAAGUAUUUUUGAUACUGCUAUACCAUAAAUGUCAGGGUUCCUGAUUUCCAAGUUUCUAAAAAGGAACUGAGGUCAAACAGAUUAAAGGAUGUUUUUGAAUGUUUUAUGACUGCCCGCCCGUUUGUAUAUUGGCAAAGGGAUAAAUAAUAAAUUGACAUCAAAAAGUACUAA